AUGAGGGUUUCAGUGCUUGAAGCAGCUAAUACCAACGAACAUAACUCAACUCAGUUUCUCAAUAUUUUAAAACUAUACUCUACAUUGACUAUUUAUUGCGUUAAUCUCUUCAGAAAAGGGCUAGGGCCUUUACGAGAUGAUCCGGAGUGAUUCAAACAAAUUUUUGAACUCUGUUCAUCUUAGUUAGAAAUGAAGCGCAUCAAUGAAUCUGCACUUUUAGGCUUCUGUGAUACUAACGCAGAUGUUAGAGGUGGCAUGCAUCAUCAGAAUCACAAAACUUUUUAAAAAAUUCUGACCGUGGAUUAUCCCUUAUGGAUUAAUGCCCAUCCUUGUAAAAUUUAACCUAUUAUUUAAGUUCGUAGUUCUAAAGGAUUAACAAAUCUGAAACAGUGUCAAAUGGUUAGGCUAACAUCAAUCAGGUAGAUCUCCUUCUAUUCUAUCGGUGUUCUUGACAUUUAUAGAUAGUUGUUUACUUCAGUUUUGACUUGUCCGGACGUGGGGAUUAUGUUACUAAUAUUUUAUUUUCUUUUGGCUUGUGCUCGGGAUGUCUGGACUAGCCUAAACUACAUGUAGGCUCAAUCAGUUUGUAUAGUAUAAGCGUUAUAUGUCCGAAUUAGUUGGAUUAUGUGGCUUCUGUACGUGUUGGUUUUAUUUUUAAGUUGGAUGUUGCAAUUAUAAAUGUUUCUGUCUUAUUCCUUUUCUUGAACAGAUGAUAUGUUUCCACAGAUGGAUUUAAUGGUAAACAUUGCGACUCUGGCUUGCGAGCAUCAAAGUCAUUCGCAUCCAUCACAACGGAGGAAGGGAAACCACUUGACUUCAUACGUGUUUUCUAUGGUAUUGUACAUGUGAUAUUUAGAACCUAUAAAGAAUAUAGUCAGCUACGUAUAUUAUAAUGGUACAACUGACAUGUAGCUGAAUCUGAAGGUUCUGCCAUUUUCCUCUUACUUAUAUUUUGUAGAGGGUGUCAUUGCGGGAGGAACUGCUGGUGUUGUGGUUGAGUCAGCUUUAUAUCCCAUCGAUACAAUAAAGACCCGCUUGCAGGCAGGUUAAUGACACUAGUAAAUUUAUAUGGUUUUUAUAUUUUCUAAUCCUUGUUUUAUUGCUCAAGCAAUUAUAUCAGCAAGAAAACUAUGUCAGUUGACAAAGUGACCUUUGAGAUAUAAAAAUUGAUUUGAAGGGAGCAAGGUACAUAUCUCAAAAUUAAUUCAGUAGAGGGUGGGUAGGCAAGGUAACCAUGAGUUAUUUUUUACCUGCGUGAAUCUCCCAAGCAUGCUCCUGUUCAAACGCACGAGUCCUGUGUGGAGGAGGGCCUUUUUCUGCAUGGUAUGGAUAAUGCAAUGUUUAAGGCCGUGGAUUUAAUUAUUAGUUAUAAGAAAAUGGGAAUCUAGAUUGGACCUUUGGUGAUGCAGGAAGAUAUGAGAUGUUGAAAAGAAGUUUAGUUACACAGAAACACAUAUUUGAGUGAAGUCUGUGUGUUACCUUUCAGUUAUUCUUGUGUGAUUAAUGUAUCUUUUUUCCAUUGUUACGCUUAAAUGCUGCAUAAAGAGGCUGAUGUGGCCCAAUAUUGAUGUGCUUGAUUACUUUCUUGUGCCUUAAUCACCAAAUUUCGUAUAAAUAUUCAUGAAAUGAAUGUUUCAUUCUUGAACAAAUUGCAGUGCUGCUUAUUGACAACAACUUAUUUCAGGCUGUCCGUGGUGGGGGGAAAAUAGUUUGGAAGGGCCUCUAUUCAGGAUUGGCUGGCAAUCUCGCCGGAGUUUUACCGUGAGUUCCUCCAUCUCAACCAUCAUACAUUUGUGUGGCCUUGCCCUCCGAUCUGUGGGUGUUUUGUCAGUUAUAUUUUCCAGCCUAUUUCCUAAUGAUCAACAAUACAGAGGUACAUUACUCUCCUUUGUACAUCCAAGAUGAUACAAAUACACAAGGAAUAUGGCCUAUGUUAGUCUAUCUUCCCAUACGUACCUGUGAUGUUGCUGCUGCUGUGUGUCUCUCACGCUUUCUUAUGUGGACUUUCUCACUGUAUCUUUCUGGCGCGUGGUGCGUGAUGCGCAGUGCUUCAGCCAUAUUUGUCGGCGUAUAUGAACCUAUGAAACAGAAGUUAUUGAAGACUCUUCCAGAAAACCUUAGCGCGAUUGCUCAUUUUGUAAGUGAAUAAAGUCAUUAACUAAUGUGGUUUUAGAAGAUUGACAUUAUUUCCGGUCUUCAUUAACGAUAUGAUGUCUUCCAUGAAGAUUGUGAUGUGGGUUUUAGAAGCUUUGUGCAGACUGCAGGUGCCAUCGGAGGGGCUGCUUCUUCUCUUGUUCGUGUCCCAACUGAGGUACACACACCCCGUCUCUUUAUACUUUUAUGGGCUUAGUCGCACCAGUUCAUUCCCAUCUCCUUUACCAGGUGGUGAAGCAGAGGAUGCAGACUCGGCAGUUUGCUUCUGCGCCUGAAGCUGUCCGACUUAUAGUUGCCAAAGAAGGUUUUAAAGGUCUCUACGCGGUACGUGCUAUUAAAUAGUUGUAUUUUCUUGCACUAAAUAGUUACCAUUUUGGUGCCUGCUGAAGUAUUUAUUGUCUUUUUUAUGCCUUUCCAGGGAUAUGGCUCCUUUCUAUUGCGUGACUUGCCAUUCGAUGCCAUCCAGUUCUGUAUUUAUGAGCAGCUGAGGAUAGGAUAUAAAGUAGCGGUGAGAGCAUUGAAUCUUACCGACUGUCAUAUAUUUUAUUUAUUUAUUAUUUUUAUUUUUGGAGUCAAAGUUUUGCAUGAUUUCUAUUUUUAUCGAACUGAUUCACACUGCCAGUUUGGGAAUUCAUUGGUUCCUUUCCUGCCAUUUUCUCGCAAUAAAUCGAAGCUUAGCUUAUUCGAUCUCUGAUCAUCUGGGAAUCGGCUCAUCUUGCUACAAGUAUUGGCAUGCUGCUGUGUUUUUGUCAAUUUUUCUCGCUAAUAUCUCGCGCCUGAGUUCAUGCGACUUACAGAGCACUCCAUUGCAUCUUUUCUUUCCCUGUUUUCAGGCCAAGAGAGAUCUGACCGAUCCAGAGAACGCUGUGAUUGGCGCCUUUGCUGGUAAUCAUCUUCUUUUCGUUAUCCAUUAAUUUCUUGUGACAUUAGUACAACCCGCUGACUUUUAUUACUGGGAGCUGCUCGAGUGAUUAUCUCCAAGAAAGGAUAAUGCCCAUGUGGAUGCCGGCUCUAAUAGCUGGGUUCUUCAGCUGCUGAUCAAUGGCUAUCUCUGCAGGUGCAAUCACCGGAGCCAUUACGACUCCGUUGGAUGUGAUCAAGACGAGACUGAUGGUCCAGGUGCGUGCCGUGCCCUCGUCGUAUCCUCUUUUCUUUAUCAUAGGUGGUGCGGGGGGGCAUGGAGUCAACGCAUCCAAUCUACAAUGCAGGGCUCAGAGAACCAGUACAGAGGGAUAUUGGACUGCGUUCAGACUGUUAUCCGAGAAGAGGGCCCCUCUGCGCUGCUGAAGGUUUGACCCCCAUUGGAUCUCCGCCUACUGUUAGUGGGUAUUUAUACAGGCAAUAAAUAGGCCUCUUACACUGAUUUUCCUUUCCUAAAUCGGGGGAAAAAUUCGAACUGAAUUGGUCAACUGUUCUUAAAGUACUUGAUUGAAUUCAGAUCGUUGACCAGGGUAUUUAUGUAUUCUGAUUAUUAUUAUUUAUUUAUUUUUAAUAAUUGAGAACUAUACUCGCAGGGAAUUGGGCCGAGGGUGCUGUGGAUAGGCAUUGGGGGAUCGAUUUUCUUCGGUGUCCUGGAGAGGACGAAGAUCUUGCUGGCCAAACAGCGUCCCGGAAAAGCAGUUUCUUCUCCCUCGAAAGAAGAGUAA